AUUACAACGAAUCUCUGAAUAGACCAGUAUGCCCAGACGUAGAUUGGCUGAAGAUGACGAAGUCACUUCAUCCGUGUCUUCCGUUAAGCAUCAUCCCAUCUCACCCGCGAAGGCAGUGGCCGAGUUCGCUGAAAGUCGAACCAGCGAAGCCGCUCGGCAACUGUUUUGUGGAGGUAUCGCUGGUUCUGUGGCAAAGACCAUUACUGCACCUUUCAGCCGUCUCACGAUCCUUUUCCAAGUGCACUCGAUGCUGACAACCAAACAACAUCGACCGAAGUUUGCCAUGAGCCUAUCGGGAGGUAUUCGCAAGAUCAUCGAACGAGGUGGAGUUCUCUCACUAUGGAGAGGCAACAUGACAUCCGUACUUCAUCGCUUCCCCUACUCUGCCAUCAAUUUUUAUAUGUACGAGAGCACCCUGGAUGUUUUGUCGGGGAUGAAAGUGCGAGAUGAGGAGCCAUAUGAAACGCAGAACCAGCUAGUUAGACGUGUUACCCGUCUCUAUUUGUCAGAAGAGGACGAAGAGGAAGAAAGUCAGAAAUACAAGCCUUUGGAAGAUACGCCAGCAGCACACAAGUUUUUGGCGGGUGCUGCAGCUGGAACGACUGCGUGUCUAGCUUGCUAUCCCUUAGACUUAGUAAGGACGCGUUUGACGACCGAACUCGAAGGCCGCGAACACUAUCGUGGAAUUUUAGACGCCUUUCGCAAGAUUGCCACCACCGAAGGACUUUCUGGGUUUUACUCAGGUAUUGGGCCAACCCUUUUGGUUGCCGUUCCAAAUUUCGGAGUCUCCUAUACCGUUUACGGUACUUUAAAGGAGUACACUCUGGAUGACGAUCUAUUUUACAAUCUACGGAAAAUUGACGCUGAUUCUGGAGAGCCUAAGCUAGGCUUUUUGUUGACAAUAAUGUGUGGCGCUGCUAGUGGUAUUUUUGCGACUCUUAUGACGUUCCCCAUGGACACCAUACGUCGCCGUAUGCAAGUCCAAAACCUUCAUAUACCCCCAGAGGAGCGUUUGUCACCGAGGCAGCAGUUUAUGCGGCAAAUAACGGCCGAGGGAUUUUCUUCUUUGUACCGUGGUUUAACCCCAGAAAUUCUCAAGGUUGUUCCCAUGGUAGGCACCAUGUUUCUGGUGUACGAAUGGAGCAAAGACCUGUUGAAUGUGAGCACUGGAAGGAGAUGAGCAUGCUAGGAAUAUCCUCCUGUUUUCACAGUUUUCUCUGUACAGACAAGACGAGAGGAAGAGUUUUCAUUGCGGCUUUUCUAGAGAUAGUUUAACCGUGAAACACUCUUUUUGCCACCGCCGACGCUUCGUCCACAAAACAAGUCACAAUUGAAAUGAUUACCUUAGCUUUCGGCAGCUUCGAAAACGAUCGUUGCCGUACGGCAAAUAAUCUUUGGGGAUGCUAAAAC